UCCACCAACCAACUCACAAUAGGAGGGCGGGGCAGAGAUGGGUCAAAACAGACCGCUGGGAGUCUGAAGUUUAGCGACGCGCUCCAGAAGAUGACCCGGAGAAAGGCGCCUAGAGACGGGGGAUACAAACACCGCUAGCAGAGUAUGAGAUCAAAUGUGUUUUUAAUUGACUUACUUACACACACAUGCAAGAUAGGUGUGUGGCUAAUCACAACCGCUAUUCUAGCAUAGGGAGACAGCGAGGGAGCGUCAGUUAGCCUAGCAUAGGAGGCUACCCCGAAGUGGAGGGCUUCCGGCUGGACUCUGAACUAGUUUGACCUGGGGUGGAUCGAUAAAGAGUUAUGUGUGUUUAAUAAUAAUAAGGGUCUUAAAGGUGAUUAUCCUUGGUCAUAUAGAAGUGAUAUAGGUACUGCUGUAAGGAGAUUUAGUUUUGAUAGAUAUAGAGGGAUAAACAAAGCAGAUAGGCUAUCUGGUUAGGUAGAUAGAUAAGGAUAUAUCUAUCAAACUAUAUCUAAAUACUAUAUCUAUAUACAAUAUCUAUGUAUAGGGUGCUCCUCAAUGAUAUCACGGGGGGAGUUUCCGCAACAUUGUUGUUAUUCUUCCAUUCUUCCGACCGCCGGACACGAGCCAGUCCCCGACUGGCUGGUGUCCGGCGGUCUGUCUAUAGAGGUGUGGGACCACAGGGUUGGUGUUGUUUCUACAUUAACAUGGUGGUGAUUGGUGGUUUCUAGGACUUUAACUGGACUGCCCCUGAGUCGACGUUGUCCGAGUCUUCCCGACGAGACGCCCGGCUUGUUGUCAUGACCUCCGGGUUAAAUGAGUAGGUCCUCCGAGGCAUGAAAACACUCUCCCAAAGGACCUGCUAGACUGGGAGAACAUUUGUACUAUAGGGAACAGGGGCAGACGGGUCGGUUGUAUUCAGAGGAAGGAUGAAAAAGUUCUCCAGGAUGCCGAGGUCGGAGAGCGGGGGACUCGGAGGGUCCGGGACCAGCAGCAGCUACUCCGGGAAAGUGUUCGCCGUGGGCCGCUAUCAGGUCACGGUGGAAGAGCUCAUCGCGGAGGGAGGUUUCUCUGUGGUGUUUCUGGCUCGGACGCACAGUGGCAUCCGCUGUGCUCUCAAGAGGAUGUAUGUCAACAAUGUGCCCGACCUCAACAUCUACAAGAGGGAGAUCACCAUCAUGAAGGAGCUGUCGGGUCAUAAGAACAUUGUCCGCUAUCUGGACUCCUCCAUCAACUCCGUUUCAGAUACUGUUUGGGAGCUUCUCAUCCUCAUGGAGUACUGCAAAGCUGGUCAGGUGGUGAAGCAGAUGAACCAGAGGUUGACUGCAGGGUUCUCCGAGGUGGAGGUUCUCCACAUGUUCGGUGACACCUGUGAGGCUGUGGCCCGCCUGCACCAGUGCAAGACGCCCAUCAUCCACCGGGACCUCAAGGUGGAGAACCUGUUGUUAAGUGACAUGGGGAACUAUGUUCUGUGUGACUUUGGCAGCUCAACCCACAAGGUGCUGCUGCCCCAGAGGGAUGGCGUCGCCGCGGUGGAGGACGAGAUCAAGAAGUAUACCACUCUGUCCUACCGAGCUCCAGAGAUGAUCAACCUGUAUGCAGGGAAACCCAUCACAACUAAGGCUGAUAUAUGGGCUCUGGGCUGCUUGUUGUACAAGCUGUGUUUCUUCUCUCUGCCCUUCGGAGAGAGUCAAGUCGCCAUCUGUGAUGGAUCCUUUGUCAUUCCAGACAACUCCCGCUUCUCCACCCAGCUGCACUCUUUAAUCAGAUACAUGCUCGAGCCAGAUCAGGAGAAGAGACCAGAUAUCUACCAGGUGUCUUACUUUGCCUUCAAGCUUUCGGGGAAAGAUUGCCCCGUACCAAAUCUAUUCAGCUCUACCCUUCCCUCCUCCCUCCCAGAGCCUCUGACAGCAGGUGAAGUUGCAGCGAGGAGGAGCCAAUCCAAGGCCAGAAUCUCUGACGCGGUGGGCCCGACGGAGACCUCCAUUGCUCCCCGGCAGCGACCCAAAGCCACCACCAACAACAACAUCCGGCCACUGUCCACCACCGCCAUGCCGGGCAAGGUCGCUGCUCCCUCAUUGCCAGUUAGCAAUGGUCAUAAAGCUCGAACACCUGACUCCAGUCUGCCAGCCUUGCAGAACCAAGUCCAGGUCCAGACUCAAAACCAGGUCCAACACCAGCCUGGCACUCAGCAGCAUCGUGUCCUUCAACAACUCCAACCUGGGGACCUCCGACUCCAGCAGCUGCAGCAGCAGCAGCUGCAGCCCCAUCAACAGCAGCCCCAUCAACAGCAGCCCCAUCAACAGCUGCCCCAUCAACAGCUGCCCCAUCAACAGCAGCCCCAUCAACAGCUGCCCCAUCAUCGCCAACAGCAUCAACACCAGCCCGAUCCACACCAACAACAUCAACCCCAGCCCCAUCAUCAACCCUAUCAACAACCCCAUCACCAACACCAACCGGUCAUGCAGCAGCAGCAGCAGCAGCAGCAGCAGCAGCAGCAGCAGCAGCAGCAGCAGCAGCAGCAGCAGCAGCAGCAGCAGGGUAACGCCCAACAGCUUCAGUAUAUCCAGUACCAACAGGCCCUGCUCCAGCAGCAGCAUCAUAUGAUGUAUCAGCAGCCUGCGUACCAGCAGCAGGUAGCCCAGGCCCAGGCCCAGGCCCAGGCCCAAGCCCAGGCCCAGGCCCAGGCCCAGGCCCAGUACGCCUCCAUGUUCUACCAGUACCAGCAGGCCUUCCUCCAGCAGCAGCAGCUUCAUCACCACCAUCAUCAUCAUCCACAGCACCUCCCCUAUCACACCACCCCCCUGGACACCUACCCUCCCCCCAUUACCACAGGGAGGCCACUGGGGGGGACAUCCACUAACCCAAGAAACCCUGUCAUCGGCACAGGCGGCAUAACCCCGCCCUCUCAAGGUGUAACUCCGCCCUCUCAGGGCAUGGGCCAGCUCUCCCAUGGGGUGACUCCGCCCUGCCAUACGGUGUCCUCGUCCCCUCAGAGCACCAUGGCUCCGCCCCCUCCUGAUAUGUCUGGCUGGAACCCGUUUGGAGAAGAUAACUUCUCCAAACUGACCGAGGAGGAGCUUCUAGACCGCGAGUUCGAUCUCCUCCGAGCCAAGAACCCGGUGGCCAGAGUCUCCAGCGUGGAGGUGGACCGGCCCACUGGUGGUGCUAAGCUCUCCCCCCCUGAGGAUGUGUUCGGCUCGGUGCUGUUCGUAGCCCCAGGCAAGUCUUAGAGGGAGCUUGGCCUGUGCCCCCCACCCCCCCACCCUGACCCUCCCACACCUCCUCCUAACCAACCAAUCACUAUGGACCACCUGCUUCCUGUUGGAUCAGGUGUGAAGUCCUCACCUGGAGGAAAGUGUAAGAUAUUAAGUAUCAAGCUCAUACCUAAUUCAAUAAUUAACUGAUGAUGAGGGUGUCUGCAGUGACCAUGACAGUCUCACUGCUGUUGAUUGGUUGACCGCCACACCAUGGUACGGACAAGUAAUACAUGAGUUCUACACAACAACGUUUACCAUGCUUCAUGGUGAUGUGGCUUUUAGCAAUAAUAACUAUUACAUACAGAUAUUCUGUAUAGUUCUACACAUAGAUACCAUGUACAAAUGUCGGUGAUAUUAACUAGGAAGCGACGAAUGAUACUUUUGUGAAGUUCCAGACAGUAAAGUUAUUCCACUGCUUGUCUGCUAAGGAUAUAUAGUCGUAGAGUGAUUGGACUAACAUUGUGUCAAAGUUGCUGACCUUGCCAUCAGUAAAUAACCCUGCCUUUAAAUGUGAAUAUCAAAUAUAUGCCUAUCAAAUAUAUGCCUUGUAUGCUGGGGUCUCAGGCCUUAGUAAGCGCUUUAUACCAUAAAAUAUAUGUUGACUCAUUUUAAAUAUAUGUCAACAUCUUUUGAACCUGUUCUAGAUGGAGAAAUAUUACAAAUGGAGAUAACACCCAACUCCAUGGGUCCAGGGAAAACAAAAGAAAACUUGCCAAAAAGCUCAUAGCAUCAACAGCUAAUAGAAUCAAUCACUAAUGGCACUAGCGGCUCAUAGCAUCAUACGCCAAUAGUAUCAACAUCUCAUAGCAUCAACGGCUAAUGGCAUAAACAACAAUGGCGUACACUAGUUCUUCCUAUCCUUGUGAAUCAGUUGCUUGUGAUACAAAUUAUCACUUUAGUUAAGCACAUACUUUGUUACGAAAAGAAAGCCAUUAUUUUUAUGUUCUGCCAAUGCAUUUGAUGGGUUUAUUUGAAUAGCUUUUUGUGAUUAGUCAUCUUAUUCGUAGUUGUAUUGGAAAAGUGUUGAGCUAUUCCCUUGGCGGUAAUCUGUUGCAGGCAUAGCAUUAGCCUGGCUCGGAAGAUUAGCCUAUACGGGUCUUCAAGUUAGCAGAUAUAUGGGUUCUGUCUGGGUAACCAGGCAUUUUAUUUGUUAUUCGUCUUCUUGGCACUACUUCAUGCUAAAACCACUAAAAUCAGGAUUCUCACUGAUACAACAAUUGUUAGCAUCAGUGAUUAUGGCUCAUACAAUCCUACAGGGCUGUAUGUCUGCUCAGUGACUCACCAUCCCCCUUACAGAGUCCUCUCCUCAACUCCAUAGAUAGUCGGAGGACGAGGUAGUUUACUGAACCUUCAGCUUCCAGGAAAGCUCUCAUCUGCUAAGACAGCCAUACCAGAAACAUUGUGCUCCCGUGUAGGUGAAUGCAUACUAGCAGUGACAGAUCUCCUCUAGACCCAAGCCAACACCCAUAUUGCUGCACUUUCUAACCAACUGCUGAAUAUUAUCCCUCAGUACAGAUUGUGACAAAGGCUAUCCUCUUACAGUGGACAUAUUCUGUCUUGGUUCUGUUUUUUAUGUAAAGGUUGUUUCCGGCAGAAUUUUAUCGUCGUACAAGUUCUUCCAUGAGUGUUUGGGGCACUGAUAUUGGUUAGAUAAGUUGCUGGUAAAAGUCACCAUACCAGCAGUACUCGCUAACUGGUGCUAGUUAUCUAGUACUAGUUAUAUCUGGUACUAUAAAGUAAUAUUGGCCAUGUGUGCUCAACUUUAGGUGAAUAAAUUGUACAACAUGUUGUGUUUCUUUGCUACAGACUAUGUCAACAGCCUUGUAUUAUACUGUGAGUGUGAAUGUAAUCUUUCAUAGAAUGUUACUGAUAAAUAAAAACAAAGAUUUAAAGGAAAAUAAAUCACUGAUUCUUUUUUAUGGCUUGUUAAUUGACCAUUGAUUGAGGGGAAUGUGUCUCAGCUAAUGGGAUAGCUUACACCCACCAGCUUACUAUCAUGUUUCUGGCUGUUCAAAGAAAACCAAUGUUGCAAGGGCAACAUACAUUUUAAUGAAUAAGCAGUACUCCCAACUUUCAUGGAAGAAAAAUGCAAAUUGUUGAUUUUAAAUAUAUGCACUUAUUGUAUGUCGUAUUUAGUUAUAGUACUUAGUUAUGUAGCAUCUUAUCCUAGCUAUCUGUUGUAUAUGGGGAAUGGGUUAAUGUAGCGAUUGUUUGUGCUUUCCACUUGGUUCUUUGAACGUCCUUAUUGUACAGAGCGAUAUAUUGUGUCACUUUCUUAUGACAAAUGUACUUUCCAAAGCCGCUUUGGAUAAAAGCUAAUACUAAAUGUAAAUGUAAUUUUAACCUAACCUUAAUUUAUCUUAGCCUAGCUCAUCUUUACCUAGCUUGAGUUAUCUUAUCUUGUAUUCUAUCCAACCAUAGCCUACCAGAUUUUACUCAUGUUUAUCAUAUUAAGCAGUUAUUUUGGCCUUGUUUACCUAAACUGGUCCGGGCCUAGUUUUUUGUUUAAAUUAGGUUUUGUUUGCAUAGUUCAUUUUUAGCCCACCCUGUUGGAUAGUUUUAACGGGUGCUUAUUGUACUACAAAAUGUUAGGUUAUUUGCCCAUAACAAGACAGAGUUGUUCCUUUCUUGAGUUAGGUGGUGCAAUCAAAACGUGGCAAACCCCUUUGACACUGACUACGACCAAGGGCUAUACAAAUAAAAUGACUUGACUACUCUCAAGAAAUAACAAGUGGGAGUGUCCACUCAGAUGUAGGAUGGAUAGAUAUCCU